CUACUGAGUUUGCGCGAGUGUAAAGGCGUUAUGUAUGAGCUGCACAUACAGCACCCAGAACCAGGAGUGUAGUGUCCGAUAUCGCUUCUAACAGACAAGUUAACUUUUGAAGAUAAUCUUGAGCAAAUGAAUCAUUGGACGAAGUAAAAGUGUGAGAACACACGCAGCGGCAGAUGUGUGUCAGUGUCAACGCGUAGCCUUUUGCCUAUAUUGUUACGCAAAACUGUGCUAGGUUAGCACGUCAGCUCGUCUCUUUGUGUGCCAGAAGAGGAUAUCUGACAGGUUCAAGCACUUUCCUCCGUAAACAAGUGGGACAGAACCUUCGUGGUGAUCCAUUCCAGUUACCAUGUUGAGGUGUCUGAGAGUUCUACCGGCACGGGUCACCAGAAACUUCUCUCGCUGCUGCUCCAACUAUGUCGCCAGGAUGAGGUUCAUAAACAGGUUGAAGGAGGAUGAGAGGGCGUGUCUGACUGCGCUGGAAUCUGGCGAUGUCUUCCUCUAUCACACACUGGCACCGCUGCUGAGGAAAACACAGCAGGGUGUGUUCCAACUGCCGCUGCUGCCAUUCAAAGAUUUAGAAGGUAUACUGAACAGGCUUGGCAAAGAUGGAUCCAUGGUGAAGGAUUCUGUUCUGAUCACGUGCACUGAACAGAACCGAGCCCUCUUCUGCCUGGACGUUGGAGAGCUGGACCAGCGAGCACUGGAGAAGGAAUGUGGGGGAAACUUUGUGGAUCUGAGAAAGGCUUUCUUCACUCUGAGAGGAGAAGAAGCACCCCUAGUGGCCAGAGGCCAGGCUCUUCUGCGGUGGCACCAGGGUAAUGGGUUCUGCAGCGCCAGCGGUAAGCCCACCACCAGGAACCAGGCAGGCAGCCAGAGAGUUUGCCACAGCAAUGGACUCAUCUACUACCCGAAGAUGUCUCCGGUGAUAAUCACCCUGGUGUCUGAUGGGAAACGGUGUUUAUUAGCAAGACAGGCCUCGUUCCCGCGCGGCAUGUUCAGCGCUCUGGCUGGCUUUUGUGACAUGGGAGAGACGCUGGAGGAGACCCUACGCAGGGAGGUGGCUGAGGAGGUGGGCCUCGAGGUGGUCUCCGUCCGCUACAGUGGCUCCCAGCACUGGCCCUUCCCGCAGAGCUCCUUCAUGGUGGCCUGCCACGCAACCGUCUCCCCCGGCAACACUCAGGUGGAUGUGGACCAUGAGGAGCUGGAGGAGGCCAGGUGGUUCACCCUGGAGGAGAUCAGGGCGGCUCUGAAGCUCCGGACCCCCCCGAGGAACCCCCGAGACCAGCCUCCCACCAUCUGGGUGCCCCCCUCCUACGCCAUCGCCCACAAGCUCAUCAGAGAGUGGGUGGACGACCAGGAGCACCACUACGACGGAAAGUGAUGCUGCACAUACGUUUGGAGGACGGAGAGCGGUUGAAAACAUUGAUUCAAUGAGUGGAUCUUAAUAAUGAUGACUUCUGGCAUUUGGAUUCUAUUCAAAGCAACCUACAAGUUAGGCUGCCAACAAUCAUAUAACAAAAAUAUGUUGGUUUUUUUCUUUUAAUGAUUGGUAGGCAUGUGUACGUGGGAAGGUAUAAAUAAAAUGACAAUGAAAGCUUUUAAUGCACCCAUCCAGAGGAGAAAUAUAUACAUGUAUAUGAAAACAUGCAUUAAUGAAAACCGGUAUGCAAAAUACAGUUGGCAUUAAACUGAGAAACAGUUCCAUACCAGAACAAGACCAUGUCUAAAUACAAAGAAUUGUUUGUGCUUUUUUGGAACUUGGUAGCUUAAGGGAGUUUUCUUUUGUUAUGGGGACACAGGUUAUUUGGAAAAGCCAAGUUAUUAUGCCACCGUAAUCCACCUCUGUAUCCCACCAAAGUGCACUUGACUCUUCAACAAUGAAAGAGACCUCUUGACUUUCUAGCUCGGAUUUAGCCACUACUGAAGAACAGUAGCAGCUAUCUACUGCUUUUUUUUAUGUCUUGUAGUUUUUAUUAUGCCUUAUUGACUUUAAAUCAGAAUUUUAUUUGAUAAUUCUGAUUUAUUAUAUAAAAUGCUGCUGUUUCCCUAUUUGUUCUACAUUGUAUUUGUUAUGAAUAGGCUAUGCAUAGGCUUAUUCAUACAAUGUAACUACCUCCCAAACUUUUCACUGAACGACUGACCGAUGUAUAAUGCAUCUACCAAUGUUAUUAACAAAACAACUAAUAAAUAAACACUUAAAAACACACAUAAAA